CGGGCGCUGCUCGCUCUUCCCUACUAGCGAGGAGAGGGGAGAGGAGAGGAGCGCCUAGCUCAUCCCGUGGCAGCCGUCCACCUUUUCCCGCCGCCGUUUCGUAACCGCUUACGAGAGGGGAGCGCGGAGUUGGGAGCAGCCCUCUCUUAAGGAGCGCGCUUGGCGAGAGGCUCUUCCCACUCGGAGAAGGCGAGGCUUGCCGGACGGAGCGACCCCUCGCAGCCCAGCAGCCGCCGCUCCUCUCGACGCCGCCACCGCUCCUGCCUCUGGCCGCGCCCUGCCUCAAGAUUCAUUCAUGUGGUUGUGAUCCAAAUCGACAGCAAUGAAGACGAGGCUUCCUGCAGCAGUUGCUGCCCUGUGUGCUCUUCUCCUCUGUGUGACAGAGGCUGAAGUUAAUCCGCCGUCAGACUUGAAUUUUAAAAUUAUAGAUGAACAUAAUGUUCAAAUGUCAUGGACAAGACCAUCUGAUGCAAUAGAAGGUUACAGGAUAACAGUGACACCUGAAGCUGAUGGACCUACUAGAGAAUUUACCCUAGCACAUAGCGCUACCCAAACUUUAUUAACAGACCUUACACCUGAUACUGAAUACAUUGUAACGAUAAGUUCAUAUGAUGACAGAGAAGAGAGCAUAUCUGUCUCUGGACAACUUACAAUUCAAACAGGUGGUUUAGUAACAACAGAAAAGAAAAUCGAAGAAGUUCAGUUACAGAGAUGUUCCCUCAGUGCUGUUACAGAUCUAGUUUUUCUUGUGGAUGGCUCUUGGAGUGUGGGCAGAAAUAACUUUAAAUACAUCUUGGAUUUCAUCGUUACCCUUGUGUCGGCCUUUGAUAUUGGAGAAGAUAAGACAAGAGUUGGAAUAGUUCAGUACAGCACUGAUACAAGGACUGAGUUCAACUUAAAUCAGUAUUUCAAAAAGAGAGAUCUCAUUGAGGCAAUAAAAGGAAUACCAUACAAAGGAGGCAAUACAAUGACAGGAGAAGCAAUAGAUUAUCUGAUUAAGGAUACAUUCAUUGAAUCUGCUGGAGCAAGAAAAGGCUUUCCUAAAGUGGCAAUCGUCAUAACCGACGGAAAAUCUCAAGAUGAAGUAGAAAUCCCUGCAAGAGAACUUCAGGGCAUAGGAGUUGAAGUGUUUUCUUUGGGAAUCAAAGCUGCGGUCGCCAAAGAGCUGAAGUUAAUUGCCUCUCAGCCCUCACUGACUCAUGUUUUUAAUGUGGCCAACUUUGAUGGCAUUGUGAAUAUACAGAAUGAAAUAAUCUCGCAGGUGUGCUCAGGUGUUGAUGAACAAUUGGGUGAACUGGUCAGUGGAGAAGAAGCUAUAGAGCCUGCCUCAAACCUGGUAGCUACGCAGGUCUCAUCAAGAUCCAUUAGAAUCACUUGGCAUCCAUCUCCUAGUGAAAUAACUGGCUACAAGGUGGACCUCAUUCCAAUGAUAGCUGGUGCCAAGCAACAUUCAUUGAGCGUAGGACCUCAGACUACUGCUUUUAAUGUAAAAGACCUUUCACCAGACACUGAAUACCAAAUCAAUGUGUAUGCAAUGAAAGGACUGACUCCCAGUGAGGCAGUGACUAUUAUGGAAAAAACUCAGGCAGUAAAAGUUCAAGUGGAAUGCUCAGAAGGCGUGGAUAUAAAAGCUGAUAUUGUGCUUCUGGUUGAUGGCUCCUACAGUAUUGGCAUCGCCAAUUUUGUGAAAGUAAGAGCAUUUUUGGAAGUGCUGGUUAAAAGCUUUGAUGUUUCGCCAGCCAAAGUCCAAAUCAGCCUUGUUCAGUACAGCAGGGAUCCUCAUACAGAAUUCACUUUGAACAGAUACACUAGAAUUGAAGAUGUACUUCAUGCUAUUAACACCUUCCCCUACAGAGGUGGAUCUACAAACACAGGCAAAGCAAUGACCUUUGUAAGGGAGAAAGUCUUUGUUCAAAGCAGAGGUGCAAGACCAAAUGUCCCAAGGGUCAUGAUUCUUAUUACUGAUGGGAAAUCGUCAGAUGCCUUUAAAGAUCCUGCUGACAGACUAAGAAAUUCAGAUGUAGAAAUAUUUGCAGUUGGUGUUAAAGAUGCAGUACGAUCAGAGUUGGAAGCAAUUGCUUCAGAGCCUACAGAAACCCAUGUGUACACAGUGGAAGAUUUUGACGCUUUUCAAAGGAUAUCGUUUGAGCUUACACGGGCUAUCUGCUUACGAAUUGAACAGGAACUUGAGGCAAUUAGGAAGAAAGCAAUUCACUUGGGAGCAAGGGAUCUGAAGUUUUCAGAAGUGACAUCUAACAGCUUCAAAACGAGCUGGUCUCCAGCAGGACCUGGUGUUUUAUCUUACCUUGUCAAGUACAAGGUGGCUAUUGGCGAAGACGAAUACUUUGUUUCUGUACCAGCUCCGCUUACUAGUACAGUUCUUACCAAUUUACUACCACAAACCACAUACACCGUCAGUGUGAUUGCAGAAUAUGAAGAUGGCGAUGGACCUCCUUUGAAUGGGGAAGAAACAACUUUAGAAGUCAGGGGAUCACCACGAAACUUAAGAGUAACAGAUGAGACAACGGAUAGUUUCAAGGUUGGGUGGUCACCUGCUCCAGGCAAUGUUCUCAGAUACAGGCUUGCUUACAGGCCAGUCGCUGGUGGUGAGAGAAGACAAGUGACAGUCCCAGCAAAUGAAAGAGCAACGACACUACAGAAUCUGAAACCAGAUACAAGAUAUGAAGUCUCUGUUACUGCCGAGUACCAGUCUGGGGCUGGAAAGCCACUCAACGGACAUGGAAAAACCGAGGAAGUUUUGGGAAGACCAAGAGACUUGAAGGUUUCUGAUGCUACGACAUCCUCGUUGAGAUUAUCUUGGAGUCCAGCACCUGGCAAAGUACAGAGAUACUUUGUGACGUAUACUCCAGCAACAGGAGGUGAAACUAAGGAAGUGACCGUAAGCGGAACUACCACCAGUACAGUUCUCAGAGACCUGGAGCCAGGAACAAGAUACGAUUUGUCUGUGGCUGCGUUGUAUGCAUCUGGAGCAGGCGAUGCUCUCCCUGGACAAGGAGUCACUCUUGAAGAACGUGGCUCCCCUCGUGACUUAGUUACCAGAGACAUAACUGAUACUACUAUUGGAGUGUCAUGGACAGCAGCUCCAGGAUCAGUUAAUCAGUACAGAAUUAUAUGGAAAUCACUUUAUGAUGAUCAGUCUGGAGAGAAAACCGUUCCUGGAAAUGUAAUAAACACUGUACUGGAAAACCUUCAGCCUGAGACCAGAUAUAAAAUUUCAGUCUUGGCUUCUUACAGAAGUGGAGAAGGAGCUCCUUUAGAGGGAGAAGCUACAACUGAAGUGUCUCCUAGCUCUAGGACCGUGAGAGUGGAUGAAGAGAAAGAGACCACCAUGAGAGUUACCUGGCAGCCUGCACCUGGAAAAGUUGUCAGCUACCGUGUAGUUUACCGGCCCCGUAGAGGAGGAAGACAAAUGGUCGCAAAAGUGCCGCCUUCCUCCACCACCACCGUCCUGAAACGGCUCCAGCCACUGACUACUUACGACAUCUCUGUCAUUCCAAUGUAUAAAACUGGUGAAGGAAAACACAGACAAGGCGAAGGAACAACAGCUUCCCCAUUUAAACCUCCCAGAAAUCUGCACACUUCUGAUUCUACGAUGUCAAGUUUCCGUGUAACCUGGGAGCCAGCCCCCGGUGAAGUGACGGGUUAUAAAGUAACUUUCCAUCCAACUGGAGAAAGCAGGCGCCUUGGAGAAUUAAUAGUUGGGCCAUAUGACAACACUGUUGUAUUGGAGGAGCUCAGGGCAGGCACUUCCUACAAAGUCAAUGUUUUUGGAAUGUUUGAAGGAGGUGAAAGUGCACCACUGAUUGGAGAAGAAAUGACUACCCUUUCAGAUACUGCUGAGGUGCCCUUUUUACCUGAAGGCCUGGAAUGCAAAACCAAAGUAGAAGCAGAUAUUGUGUUGCUGGUGGAUGGCUCGUGGAGCAUUGGUCGGCAAAAUUUUAAAACAAUCAGAAGCUUCAUUGGUCGCAUUGUUGAAGUUUUUGACAUUGGUCCCGACAAAGUGCAGAUUGCUCUUGCACAGUAUAGUGGAUCUCCUAGAACAGAAUGGAACCUCAAUGCACACAAAACCAAACAGAGUUUGAUGGAUGCUGUUGCCAACUUGCCUUAUAAAGGAGGGAACACCCUCACAGGAGAUGCUUUGAAAUUCAUCUUAAGCAACAACUUUAAGAUUGAAGCUGGCAUGAGGCCUGGAGCUCGCAAAAUUGGUGUCCUCAUCACAGACGGCAAAUCACAAGAUGAUAUAGUUGUGCCAUCUCAGUCACUGAGAGAUUUGGGAGUGGAGCUGUAUGCUGUUGGUAUCAAAAAUGCUGAUGAAAAUGAACUGAAGCAGAUCGCAACAGACCCUGAUAACAUUCAUGUUUACAAUGUUGGAGAUUUCGGCCUCCUUGUUACGAUUAUUGAUGACCUCACUAAUAAUUUAUGCAAUAGUGUAAGAGGUCCAGCUGAUUUGGCACUACCACCAACCAAUCUAAGAACCUCUGAGGAGACACCUUAUUCCUUCAGAGUAUCAUGGACACCACCUACUGAGAGCGUUGAUAGAUACAGGGUUGAAUAUUAUCCUGCAGAUGGAGGCCCACGAAAGGAGGUCUUUGUAAGUCGUUCAGAGACGACUACAGUUCUGACUGGCCUCAAGCCCGAAACAAAGUAUCUUGUGAAUGUAUAUUCUGUGGUAGAAGGUACCAGUAGCGUACCUCUAGAGGGCGUUGAUACAACUUUGCCAAUCCCUUCAGUCAGAAACUUGAAUGCGUAUGACAUCACCUCAACAACAAUGCGCGUGCGAUGGGAACCUGUCAGUGGAGCUACUGGCUAUGUGCUGCUGUAUGAACCUGUCAAUGCCACAAUACCAGCAACAGAGAAACAGAUGCGUGUUGGAGCAUCAGUGAAUGAUGUACAGCUGCUUGACCUGAUUCCCAACACUGAAUACACUUUAACAAUUCAUUCAACUUUUGGUGACCUCAUCAGUGAUCCACUCACCACUCAGGAAGUCACAUUACCUUUAAGUGGAGCAAAAAGCCUAAUGAUAAGAGAUAUUACUCACAGCAGCAUGAGAGUCAUUUGGGAACGUGCUCCAGGGAAAGUUCGGAAAUACAUAUUGAGAUACAAAGCAGCUGGGGAAGAUGACGUGAAAGAGUUGGAAGUGGAUCCCUCUCAGACCAACACAGUUCUCCCUGAUCUUUUUUCAAAAACACUCUAUAAUGUUGAGCUCGUUGCAGUAUAUGAUGAAGGACCGUCUAUGCCAGUAGCUGCAGAAGGCACCACUUUACCGGUACCAGCACCACAAAAUCUAAGAACUGAUCAAGUAACUAAGACAAGUUUCAGAGGUACUUGGGACCAUGGAGCACCUGAUGUAGCUCUCUACAGAGUAGAAUGGGGACCACCAGGUGAAGAGAAACUACAGACAAUUCUUAACGGUGAUGAAAAUACUCUAGUUUUUGAAAAUUUGAACCCAGACACACUCUAUGAGAUUGGAGUUACUGCAAUCUAUCCCGAUGAAUCAGAGAGUGAUGAACUGAUUGGCAGUGAGACCACAUUGCCCGAGGUGCCUCUGACAACAGCAGCUCCAACGGGUCCCCCAAGAAACCUUCAGGUAUACAAUGCAACGUCCAAUAGCCUGACUGUCAAAUGGGAUCCUGCCAUUGGACGAGUGCAGCGGUACAGGAUCACCUAUCGACCUACAACUGGCGAUGGUGCUGAGCAAUCGACCACAGUAGGAGGGAGGCAGAACAGUGUUGUACUACAAAAGCUGCAACCUGAGACACGUUAUAGUGUUACGGUUUCAUCCAUAUAUGCAGAAGGUGAAGGGGGACGAAUGACAGGCAGUGGCAAAACCAAACCUCUCAACACUGUGAAAAACCUCAGAGUCUAUGAUCCAACCACCAGCACAUUGAAUGUUCGAUGGGAUCAUGCUGAAGGGAACCCUCGUCAGUACAAGUUGCUUUAUGCACCAGUGGCGGGAGGUGCAGAUGAACUGGCAACUGUUCCAGGCAACACAAAUUAUGCAGUUCUAAGAAAUCUCCAGCCUGACACACAGUACAAAGUAACUGUGAUUCCUGUUUACCCAGAAGGUGAUGGAGGGCGAGCAUCUGACAAUGGGAAAACUUUAAUGAGAGGAACAGCAAGAGGCAUCCAAGUUUACAACCCAACACCAAACAGCCUUAAUGUCCAAUGGGAACCUGCACCAGGACCAGUGCAGCAAUACAGAGUUGUCUAUGCUCCAUUGGUUGGCACACGGCCAUCAGAAUCUGUUGUGGUACCAAGCAACACCCGCAAUAUUUUACUAGAGCGUUUGAUUCCUGAUACACCCUAUUCUGUCAAUGUUGUUGCUUUGUAUGCUGAUGGAGAAGGAGAUCCAAGUCCUGGACAGGGAAGGACAUUGCCUCGCAGUGGGCCCAGGAACAUAAGAGUCUUUAAUCCUACUACAAACAGCCUUUCCGUUCAAUGGGAACAUGCUGAUGGACCAGUGCAGCAAUACAGAAUCAUAUAUUCUCCCACGGUUGGAGAUCCCAUAGAUGAAUAUACAACAGUGCCUGGCAGAAGAAAUAAUGUAUUGCUACAGCCUUUGCAGUCAGAUACACCCUACAAAAUUACCGUUGUGGCAGUUUAUGAAGAUGGAGAUGGUGGACAGUUGACAGGAAAUGGAAAAACAGUUGGGUUGCUUUCACCUCAGAACAUACGCAUUUCAGAUGAAUGGUACACACGGUUCAGAGUUGCCUGGGAUCCUUCACCAUCUCCUGUUCUUGGGUACAAAAUUGUCUACAAACCUGUUGGUACCAAUGAGCCCAUGGAGGUGUUUGUUGGAGAUGUGACUUCAUAUACAUUGCACAACCUGUCUCCUAGUACUUCCUAUGAUGUAAAUGUUUAUGCUCAGUAUGAUUCUGGACUCAGUGCACCUCUGGUCGAUCAAGGCACUACAUUGUAUUUAAAUGUCACUGACUUAACAAGUUAUAAUGUGGGAUGGGACACUUUCUGCAUCAAAUGGACAGCUCAUCGGGCAGCUACUUCUUACAGACUGAAGCUAAAUCCAGCUGAUGGAUCCAGAGGACAAGAAAUUACAGUGCGUGGAACAGAAACCAGUCACUGUUUCACUGGCCUUUCACCAGACACAGAGUAUGAUGCUACUGUGUUUGUUCAGACUCCAAACCUUGAGGGGCCUCCGGUGUCUACAAGAGAAAGAACAUUGAUCAAGCCAACAGAACCACCAACUCAGCCACCAACUCCCCCUCCUCCUCCAACAAUCCCACCAGCUCGAGAUGUAUGCAAGGGUGCCAAAGCAGAUAUAGUCUUCUUGACUGAUGCUUCCUGGAGUAUUGGAGAUGACAAUUUCCACAAAGUGCUGAAAUUCGUUUUUAAUACAGUUGGAGCCUUUGACCUAAUCAACCCUGCUGGAAUUCAGGUUUCUUUGGUGCAAUAUAGUGAUGAUCCAAAGUCUGAGUUCCAUUUGAAUACAUAUGAUGAUAAGGCACAAGCACUAGGAGCAAUUCAGAAUAUUCGCUAUAGAGGAGGGAACACAAAAACAGGCAAAGCACUUACAUUUAUCAAAGAUAAGGUCUUGACAUGGGAAAGUGGUAUGAGGAAAGGAGUUCCCAAGGUACUUGUUGUUGUAACUGAUGGCCGGUCACAGGAUGAAGUGAGGAAAGCUGCAGCUGUCAUACAACAUUCUGGUUUCAGUGUCUUUGUUGUUGGUGUGGCUGAUGUUGAUUACCAUGAACUGGCCAAGAUCGCCAGCAAACCCAGUGAACGCCAUGUCUUUAUAGUUGAUGACUUUGAUGCUUUUGAAAAGAUUGAGGAUAACCUCAUCACCUUUGUUUGUGAGACAGCUACCUCAACUUGCCCUCUCAUGUACUUGGAUGGGUACACUUCUCCUGGCUUCAGGAUGCUGGAAGCUUACAACUUAACGGAGAAGUAUUUUGCUUCAGUACCAGGCGUUUCCUUGCAGUCAGGAUCCUACCCCAGUUAUGUGGCAUACAGGCUUAAUAAAAAUGCCUUUGUUAGCCAACCCACAAUGGAGAUUCAUCCAGAUGGAUUACCAAAGGCUUACACUAUCAUAUUGUUAUUCCGCCUUCUCCCGGACACCCCCACUGAACCAUUCGCAAUUUGGCAGAUAACAGACAGAGAUUACAAGCCACAAGUUGGAGUUGUUCUUGAUUCAUCCAGCAAAGUAUUAUCAUUCUUUAACAAGGACACAAGAGGAGAGGUUCAGACAGUAACAUUUGAAGGUGAUGAAGUUAAGAAACUCUUUUAUGGAAGUUUCCACAAGGUUCAUAUUGUUGUAACUCCCACAAAUGCUAAAAUUUACAUUGACUGCGUUGAAAUAAUGGAAAAACCAAUUAAAGAGGGUGGAAAUAUCACAACUGAUGGCUAUGAAAUACUGGGUAAACUACAGAAAGGUGACAGGAAAACAGCAACAUUAGAGAUCCAGAGCUUCGACAUUGUAUGUAAUGCCGUUUGGACUAGCAGAGAUAGGUGCUGUGACAUUCCUUCUAGGAGGGAUGAAGCAAAAUGCCCAUCGUUACCAAAUGCUUGCACAUGCACACAAGACAGCGUGGGACCUCCAGGACCUCCAGGACCUGCUGGAGGCCCAGGUGCUAAGGGACCAAGAGGCGAAAGAGGCUUAACUGGGCCCUCUGGGCCACCUGGUGCUCACGGAGAUGUAGGACCUAGAGGCCCUCAAGGACCACCAGGACCACAGGGGCCAAAUGGACUUUCCAUUACAGGAGAACCAGGUCGUCAAGGGAUGAAAGGUGAUGCUGGAGAGCCAGGACUACCUGGUCGCUCAGGAUCUCCAGGCUUACCUGGCCCCCCUGGCCCAAUGGGACCUCCAGGUGAUAGGGGUUUCACUGGAAAAGAUGGCCCAACUGGACCAAGAGGACCCCCUGGACCAUUAGGUUCCCCAGGAGUUCCUGGAGUUGCUGGCCCAACUGGAAAACCAGGAAAACCAGGAGAUCGUGGCUCUCCGGGGCCAGCUGGAAUAAAAGGCGAGAAAGGUGACAGAGGAGACAUUGCUUCCCAGAAUAUGAUGCGAGCUGUUGCAAGACAAGUCUGUGAACAAAUGAUGAAUGCCAAUAUGGCCCAGUUUAACCAGAGGCUGAAUCAAAUACCAAAUGAUUACUAUUCAAACCGUAACCAACCAGGACCAUCAGGACCACCAGGGCCCCCUGGACCUGCUGGGCCACCAGGAGAACCUGGGUCUGGGGGCAGGCCAGGCUUCCCAGGCACACCUGGCAUGCAAGGGCCAGCUGGAGAAAGAGGGCUACCUGGAGAGAAAGGUGAAAGAGGGAUUGGAUCACAAGGGCCCCGAGGUUUGCCUGGGUCACCAGGUCCACAAGGAGAAUCCAGAGUUGGCCCUCCAGGUGCUACAGGCUCACGGGGACCACCUGGGCCUCCUGGCCGUCCUGGUAACUCAGGUAUCAGAGGUCCCCCCGGGCCUCCUGGAUACUGUGAUUCAUCCCAGUGUGCUAGCAUUGCUUACAAUGGUCAAGGAUAUCCAGGUUGACCUCUCCAUCUAAAGUAAAAAGAACACAGUUGUUUGCCAUUUUGUGUCUUUCUGAUUAAUGUUGGGAUUAUCUAUACAAAAUUAGUACCUGAAAUCUAAUAUCCUGAGAACAAAUGCUAUUCUUUGGUACAGUGCAGACAACUGAAAAAAGUCACCAUAGCACAAUUUUGUGUUGGGUUAAAUUCCAUGGCAUCUAUGAUUAUAUUACUCAAUGGCACACAUUUCUUCUGAGAAGAAGCAGUUUCAGACAGUGAACUGCCAAAGGAACAAAAAUGCUGGAUAGCUGUGGCCACUGGGGCACCAAUGAAGCAAUCCUAUACGUGUCUACUCUGAAGUAAGCCCCACUGAGCUCAUUGGUGCUUACUCCCAGAUAACUGUAUUGGAUUGCAGCCAAAGUCACUGUAAACUGGGAAGGGGAUGAGUCCCAAAAUUGUGUGUGCCAUAUAAAUCUAGGGCAUCUCUCGAGAAAGGAGUUCAGGCUCACGGUAUCAAUAGUUUGUUGUGUGCACUGUAGCACCUUAUAAUUCAUAAACUUGAUAUGUUGUUUGCCACUAUCAUAAUGUGCAUGUAUACAUGAAUGAAUAUAUAUAUAUAUAUAUAUGUACACACAAAUUCAUGGACUUUGAGCUAAUGAAUGAAACAAAUUUUAAAGAGUAAUCAUGCAGAACUUGCACAAGAUCAACAAUUUACAUGAAUUAAAAAUAAAUGGGAAACAAUAUUGCAGUGCUCUCCUUCCCAAGAGAAGCCUUGUAUACAUAUAUAGAUAUAUGCGUAUAAUUUAACCCUCCAUAGAUGGAUUUAGCUGAAUGAAUAUAUAUAUAUUGCACAGCUGUUUGACCUUGGAAAACUAACAUCCUCUUUGACCUGUUUCAGGUUCCGGCUAACACAUUUUCUAAGUCGCCAGUGCUGCUUACAGUUUGAAAACAAUGAAAAUCCUGUUUCUGAGAUGUUUGCGCACGUGCUUAUUAGGAAGUGAAUCUGUAUGGAUAUUUCACAUAGAUAAUGGCUAACUGAACACCAUAAGAUGGGGAGAUUCUUUUUUUAUACACUUACUAACAAGUCUUCUUGAACACGAUAAAGGACAAAGAUGUUGGUAAUGCCAGAGGGGGAAAGUCCAUCUUCCUAUCCUUACUUUUCUCUCCAACCCCAUACCUAAAAAGUCCCUAAAAGACUCAGUUGCAUUGGAGACUUAUAAAACUACUAACUAGUGAAUUUAAGACCAUGAUACAUUUAACUUCAUGAAAGAGAAAUGACUUAAUGUAAAUAGUAAACUAAUUGUGGCUUGUAAAUGAUUUGUAUGGGAUCAUGUCUGCUAAAAUUAGUUAACAUUACCAUCAUGCUUUCGCAUUUAAGCCUGCUGCUGCUGCUUUUUACUGUGUGCUGCCAUAACCACUCUGAAACUUGUUGAAGCCUCUCUCUCUCUGGUGCUUGUCUUCAUCAUUCUCAUCAUCAUCUUCUUAUCUGAUUCAGGGCAUGGGUUUUUUUGUAUAUGUAAUCUUCUUUAAAGCACUCAAAAGCACAA